AUGACCGAGCAGCGGCUACUCCAAGCUGGACUGAGCGGCGGCGCCAGGGAGGAUGCUUUGCGUCGUAUGUGCGAGUUCGAUGAGACAUUCUCUGCAGGGGCGUGUCUCGCUUCUUCAUCCUUCGAGUCUCCCUCGUGCGCUGCCGCUUUCCCGGCGCCUGACGGGCUCUCCUCCGCGGCGUUUCCGUCGUCUCUCGCGCCUGCAGAGAUGGCGUGGGCGUCGCUGCCUUCGUACCCCGCUCACUCUUCGUCCUGCGUCUUUCCGCCUCUUGACAGUCUCCCGCAGUCCUUCUCCUCGCCGUCGCUGGCGGCCCGCGCCGCGCCUGUGAAGCGCCGCGCGUCGUUUUCCUCCUUCUUCCAGCCCUCCGUGUCCUCUCCCUGCGACGCCGAGACCCCCGGUGCACAUACGCCUGAUCUGGCUAUGUCGGGCGCGGAGGAGAGCGAGCCGAGCGUGGAGGUUUUCCCCCAGCUGUUGCGCGAGCGCAAGCGCUUUCGUCACUCUCCGUCUUCUCUGUCUUCCCUUCUUCAAAAGCCGCAUUUGUGUCGCUCUAGAAAGCCGUGCGCCCUGCUCGGUGCUGAGGCCGCGAAGAAACUGGAGCGGGAUAAGAGAACCUGUCCGCCGCCUCAGUUGCACUCUGCGCUCGCCGCGUCCUUUGCCUCUCCACUGUCUGCUCCCCUCGUCGUGGGACGUCCUCCAGCGGCUGCUUCGCCUUCCGCAGCGGUCGACUCGUCGCAUGCGCUAUACAUCGAGGAUUUUUCGCCUUGUGCGCCGGUUCCGGCGUGUCGCGCCGAACCCUUCGUGUCCGCGACUUCCCCUGCGGCGUUCGCCUCUACGCUGCCUUCGUUUCCUCUGGCUUCCGGCCUCGAGGCCUGCACCUCCGUCUCUCGCUCUCUCCCUGCGUCGCCUGGGCGCGCGGGCAGCCGCCGGCGGUGUUCGUCGGAGAAGGAGCGGGCUCCAGGCUCGCUGUCGCUCUACUCUGCGCUCUCGGCCUCGUCUCUCGCGUCGUCUCCCGCGUCUUUCUCGCCCGCCGCGUCAGCGUUUGCUUCGUCGCCACUCAGCGGCGCGGUGCAGGUGUUAAGAUGCCGCAGCGAUGCCGCGACGGGUUCUGCGCCCGGCCUGCAAGGCGCGCCAUUUGCAGCCGAAGACGCAGUCAGCGGAGAGCGCAUGGAAGACGAUGAGGAGGACGCCUUCUCUCACCGAGGCGAGGACGCGUCCUCAGCAGACGGCACGGCGCCGCUUGCACAAGAGGGCGUGCGGGGCCUGACGGAUGCGCAGAGAGAGCUCAAGCGGAAGAUGCAAGAGAAACUUGAGCAGCAGAUGCAGCUGUACAGACAGCAGCUGCGGCAUGCGCAGGGCGACCCGUGCUUCCCGCUUGGAGGGAUGAUUGGAGGAGGCGGCGGAUAUGCGCCAGACGCCGAGUGCUUCUUUUCCUAA